AUGUUCAUAAUUUUUAAUCUUUUCUUCUCUUUUUCUCACUCUCUCCCUCUCCGUCAAUUCAAUAUCCGACGAGUUUUCUGUAUAUUUUUUUUUUGCCAGACAUUUUUGUCAGUCUUUCUUUUUUUUCUAUCAAAUUGUCUUUCUUUAUUUUUUUGUUCCAAAUUAUCUUUUACUAAAUUAACCUCUUUUUGUUCCCUAUUUUUUCUUCCUUUCUUUUCUUGCCUCUUUUUUCUGUCCUUUUCUUUUCUCUUCUCUUUCGUUUUAUUUCCUUUUCUUCUUCUUUUCUUUCCUCAUUUUUCCUCUUCUCUUUCCUUUUAUUUCCUUUUUCUUUCUUCUUCUUUUCUUUCCUCUUUUUCUUUUUUCUUUCUUUUUCCUUUUCUUUUCGUUCCUGUUCUUUUCUUUUCUCUUUUUCUUUCAUUUCUUUCCUCAUUUUUCUUUACUCUUCUUUCUUCUUUUUUUCUUCUUUCUUUCAUUUUCAUUCUUCUUUUCUUUCCUCUUCUUUUCAUUUUCUUUCUUCUUUUUCCUUCCUUUUCUUUCCUCUUCUUUUUCCUUUUCUUUCUUCUUCUUUUCUUUCCUCUUUUUUCUCUCUUUCUUUCCUCUUCUUUUCAAACAUUCCAUUACGUUAUUCUAAUUCCCUCCCCAUCGUUUAUUUCCUUUUCUCUCUCUCUCUCUCUCUCUCUCUCUCUCUCUCUCUCUCUCUCUUUCCUACAAAAAAAGAAAUCACCAUUUCUUUCGAUCUGCCAGAUGUCGUUAUUUUUUUUUCGAGUUAAAAGUAGAUUUCCAACUCAAAGAAAAGCCAACACCAUGAAUCUGUUUCUGCGACAAAAAUGA